UCUGUACAGUGUAUCUAAUUGAUCCGGUGAUGUGUUGUAUGCAACAGGACGGCCAGCAGAUGUCGAGCGCAUCGAUAAGAUCCCAGCGUGUUGUUGCAGCGUCAUUCUGUUUGAAUGAAGUUCAGAUUGAGAACUAGCCAACUCUUGAUUCGCGCCCCGGUGGACUCAAACAGGAAAAAACAACGGAGAAAGUGAAAGAUUGCCAACCAUGCCUGUGUUUACAGUAAAUGUGAAAUGGGGCAAAGAGAAGUUUGAUGCAGUAGAGCUCAACACUGAGGAACCACCCAUGGUUUUCAAGGCUCAGCUGUUUGCGCUUACAGGAGUCCAGCCAGACAGACAGAAAGUGAUGGUGAAGGGAGGCACUCUGAAGGAUGAUGAAUGGGGAAACAUUAAACUGAAAAAUGGAAUGACACUGCUGAUGAUGGGCUCAGCAGAGGCUCUACCAGAGGAGCCUUCCGUCCGGCCCAUGUUUGUGGAGGACAUGACUGAGGAGCAGCUGGCCUCAGCGAUGGAGCUGCCCUGUGGGCUGACCAACCUGGGCAACACCUGUUACAUGAACGCCACAGUGCAGUGUCUGCGCUCGGUGCCGGAGCUGAAAACCGCCCUCAGGAGGUAUUCAGGAGCUCUGCGGUCCUCGGGGGCCAAUGCACCCUCACAGUACAUCACAGCAGCCCUUCGUGAUUUAUACGAGACGAUGGACAAGACCUCGUCCAGCCUCCCGCCCAUUAUUCUGUUGCAGUUCCUCCACAUGGCCUUCCCACAGUUCGCCGAGAAAGGGGAUCAGGGCCAGUACCUCCAGCAGGAUGCCAACGAGUGCUGGCUGCAGAUGAUGAGAGUCCUUCAGCAAAAGCUGGAGCCACUACAGCUAGAAACCGCCAUGGAGGUUACCGACACUGAGAGCGGAGCCUCCUCAGCCACGUCCAAGAAGAACUUCAUUGACCAGUAUUUUGGCGUGGAGUACGAGACUUCCAUGAAGUGCACAGAGUCUGAGGAAGAAGAGCCAAUCAAGGGAAAGGAAAGCCAGCUCCAGCUCAGCUGCUUCAUCAAUCAAGAAGUCAAAUAUCUGGCCACAGGACUCAGGCUGAGACUGCAAGAAGAGAUCACAAAAAUGUCUCCAACCUUGGAUAGAAAUGCUCUGUAUAUAAAAUCUUCCAAACUUAGCCGCCUCCCUGCCUAUUUGACCGUUCAGAUGGUCCGAUUUUUCUACAAGGAGAAGGAGUCCGUCAAUGCAAAAGUUCUAAAGGACGUCAAGUUCCCUCUCAUGUUGGAUGUGUAUGAGCUAUGCACCGGAGAGCUCCAGGAGAAGAUGCUGCCAAUACGGUCAAAGUUUAAGGAGGUCGAGGACAAGAAGCUAGAGAAACAGCAACAAAAGUUAUUGAAGAAGCCAGAUGCUGCAAAAGAUGUGAAAUAUGAGCCUUUCUCAUUCCCGGAUGACGUGGGCUCCAACAACAGCGGCUACUACGACCUGCAGGCCGUGCUGACGCACCAGGGCCGCUCCAGCUCGUCCGGCCACUAUGUGGGAUGGGUCAAGAGGAAAGAAGAUGAGUGGGUGAAGUUUGACGACGACAAAGUGAGCGUGGUGACCCCAGAGGACAUCCUGCGACUGUCGGGCGGCGGCGACUGGCACAUAGCCUACGUUCUACUGUACGGGCCCCGCCGGCUGGACGUACUUGAAGACGAACAGUAGCUGGAGGGAGAGCCCUCAGACUGCGUCCACACAUACAGAAUGCCAUUUCCAAGCACUGUCUGCAUAGAUGUGCAAUAAAACCGGUGUCUUUAAACGUUUGAUUACCUUAAUUUUUUUUUUUGGGUUUUGUUUUGUAACCAACACAAAUGCUUGUAAAAGAAACCAAUUGUGUUAAAUAUUCCUACACAGUGGGCUUUGAAAAUGGUGAUAUGGUGAGAGGCAAUCUACAGACUGGAUCCUUAAGGUUUCUAAGUCUGUCUCUGCAGUUUCAUUAAAUGUUUUAUAUGCAUUGUAUAUUUUGAUAAAGCCUUGGAAAAGGCGGUCAUAUCAUCAAAGUGAAAUAUUUCUCUUUAGUCAUCUAAUCAACUUGUAAAUGCCUCGCCAAGGUGCUGUCCUUGACAUUCUGGCUUGUGUGGUCACAGAUGUUACGGAACACUGUAAAGACUUCUUCACCUGUUGGCCCUUUAGGACAUUUGGGUUCAGUCUCAGGUCUUUCAAGUGCUUUGGCUCCCAUCAUCUCCUGUGAUUGUUCUCAAAAUGUAUUGACAGAUGAGGUUCUGCCUGCCAAACCGCCAUUAAAGCUCGAUCUGGGGAAACGGUUGAGGACAGAUUGCCCUCGUGGUGAACCGUGUGUGGUUAAAUAAAGGAUAGAGGAUCGGCUGCAAAGGUUUACUCAUUAGGCUUUUAACGUUCUCGGCAACGCCGAUUUCUGCGUCGCUUCACUUUGUUUCUCUGCAGGUUUCUCGGUCGCCCUGCCACGAUGUGUAAAACCUACAAACACCCACACUCUGUAAUAAGUUAUUGAUUGCAUUUCAAAGGUGGUGAAAUAAACUGUUAUACCAAAA